AUGACAAUACCACCAACAAGCGAGCGAGCCUCGUUCGAGGUAGCUAAACGUCUUCUCUGCCAGAUUCUGAAUGAAGGUCUAGUCAGCGGGACUUUGAAGACUGUCGAGUAUGGAGGACUGUACAUGUGUUUGUUCAGCAACCGCUACAUCACAGAAAAGCCAGAAAAAUACAUUCGCGUGGGACUCCAGAGAAGCGCACACGCUGGCAUUUUCGCUCGUUCUGGCCAAAUUGUGUCGCUGGUGCGCCCGGAAAUGUUGCAAAUGCCUGUUAUUCUCGUGGAUGGGACGUCUGAGCGACAGGAACUCCGUUCGGGGGCUUUGUUUCAGUUCGCAAGUAGCUUGUUCACGGAGCAUGUCGAACCAUCUACAUUGGAAAAUAUAACGUUGGGAUUGGAGAAUAGUAGGGCAAACACAGAGAAGUGGCUGGAAUUGCACUCCUCCCCUGAGCCACUGGACCUCAACUCGCCAUCGGUGAUGUGGGAACGAGCGCUAAUCUGGGGGCAUCCGACUCAUCCGUUCCAUAGACUAUGCUAUGCACAGGAAGGCUUGGCUCCAGUUGAGCCAAAAGAUCUGCCUCAGUUCCUCGCGCCGACACUAGCAUUCUUAUCCGUCUUACGGGCAGAGAUAUCCAUCUCGGGCCCUUUCGAGGAGUCACUGCAGCCUCUCUUAGACCAGCUAGACGUCCCUGCCCCUGAAAAUUCUGACAGGGUCAUUGUCCCCUGUCUCCAUCUUCAACUGCCCUGUGUCUAUCGCUACUUCCCCAGUACUGUCCUGGUCAAAACGGUUUCCAGCUGCGCGGACACGCAAGCUUCGAUGCGAACGCUCACACUGCGCUCACAAUUCAAUUUCUCCUACCACAUAAAACUGUCCAUCGCGUGCCAGAUCACCUCCGAUGUGAGGGCCAUUCGACCCUGCCAAACCCUGGGCGGACAGUUGGUGAGUAGGCAGCUGCACAAAUUCUUCCCGCCGGAUUUGUGGUGGUUUAAAGAGACUGCAUCGGUUUCUGGGAGCCAAACGGCUCAGGGAGAUACGCAAGAAAACGAAGAUAAGGCGCGUCAUAUUGGCUGUAUCCUGCGAGAGGAUCUGGAAGCUAGAGCGAACGCAAACAAUGAGGCCCUGAUAAUUGCUGGGUCGUUGGCUCAGCAACCCGCGAACGACCAUCGAACACAUGCGGAGAUUGUUUUUGGUCUGGAGACUAUCGAUCAAAAACAUGAUUGGCUCAAAGAGUACGUAGGAGGUUUUCUACGAGCUGUCCUUCCUUCGCUGGUCCGAUACGGCAUCGGUAUGGAGGCUCAUGGACAAAACACCCUAGUACGUGUGUGUCGUGGAACCAAAAUUAUCGCUGGAUUUGUCGUCCGAGACUUCGAGGGAAUCAAGGUGCAUGUCCCCACGCUAGAGGAACUAGGUAUAAAACUGUGUAUGACCUCCCCAGGAUGCUCGAGGAAUCUUGAGGACAUCUGGAGUAAGAUUCAUCACUCCAUUUUCCAGAACCACCUUGGGAAUCUUGUAUAUGCGCUGGGACUUGAUCGCCAUGACGGAUGGGCGAUCAUCAGGGACGAGCUCUCUGCGGUCCUGAACCCGGACACGGACUCGCGAGGUAGGGAGUUAUAUGACUUUAUUCUUCAGGAUACGAUGCCAUUUAAAUGCUUUUUGAAGAUGCGAAUGAGCGAGCAUUUUAAUGACUAUGAUGGUGAUGCACAAGACCAACGAAGCGCCAAGCAUGACGAGCGACCGCUACCUAACACCCUUCUAAUGGGUUCUGCGAGGUGGGAGAAAAUUCUGGAUGAUCAUGCAUCGAAAAUGACCGACACUUGA